AUGUCAAAGUUCCCCACCCUGCUCGAGUCCGGCACCACUCGUGCGCACUUCCACGUGGCAAAGCGGCUCGAGGAUGCCGCCGACGACCGCCAGAGGGACCUCGUCGUCCUCGAGACGGUGGCUGCCAUCCAACGCAGGCUCGCUAGCCAGCCACCUUCCGAUCCAGCCAGUGCCGCCUCGUCCCUCUUGCCCCUCCUGCACUGUCUCGAACACUAUCCGCACUCGCCCCUGACGGUAGAGGACCUCGACAUCUCGUUUGCCCUCCUGCCCGCGCUCCAGCUCAUCUCACUGGCCACCCGCUGGCAGGACACGCUCGUCGGACAUGCCCUCCUCGCCUACCUAGUCCCAUCAGCUGGCAUCCCGAUCUUUCGCCACGACACCCUCCAGAUUCAAACAGGUCAUGUGUCGGACCUCGUCGACACACAGAGCUCCACAUCGGCCGCAUCGGAAGCGGACUCGGCCAUACGGCUGUCGGAUCCAGACCACCGAGGUCGAGCCGAGGGUCCUUCGCUCCUCCUGCUCAACACGUUCCGCAAGCACCUAAUCGAUGGAGGCCAAGCAAUGUCUCGCAAGUCUCCUUCGUCACAGUCAUUAACAACGGCGCUGCGGACCCAUGCGACGCUGACGGCCGUCGCGGCCGGCAGACCUUGCGGCACAUCCGUACUUGCUUCCCUGGCAACGCCUCUGCUGAGACUGACGGGACAUCGGGACGCCGCCAUCCGCAGGGGAGCGCUGCUCGCGAUGUGGAGAUGUGCCACCUACGAAGAAGAGGAACUCAUCCUCGAGGAGCGUGGGCCAAGCCAGGGCCCGCGGCAAGGCGGCGAGAUGCUUCAAGCCACCUUGCAGAUCGUUCGAGAGAUGCUCGCAUCCCCGCAGGCUUUCAUCUCGGACGACUCAGCGGCAGACAGCACUCUGGACCCGGGGCUGGAACGAGUCGAGACGGAUCCGGCAGUCUUGAGGGCCGCUCUGCGGGUCGUUGAGCUGGCCAGAGACGUGCGGGUGCUCUCGCCGACAGACGCCGUCGACCUGGCCGUCAACGCGUUGCAGAGCCUCGAGUGGGCACCCGUCCACCUCGUCGCCAGCUUGUCACACGGCGCCACCAACCUCAUGGCCUCCAACAAUCGCCUCGACGGCCUGCGGAUGCGAGCAGCGGCUAAGGCGAGAUCCAAGGUGGCCGCCGACUUCGACUACCAUGGUCUGCGCACGCCUUGGGCCGUCAUCGCGUCACUGGACAGCAUCUCGGCGUCGCUGCAGGCACUCCAUGGCCCACCCGUCGAUCCAUCUGCAGCAGCCGCCAUGGAGCUGGAACGCACACUCCUGCGCAUCUACUUGCGCGCUUCCGAGGGUCGGGACGCAGCGCUGGCGGUCUGUGUGUCGGCUGCCUGUUGCCUCGGCCACGUCUACCGACUCAAGCGAAAGGGCGGUCCAGCCGCUUCUUCUUCCAGCCCAGUCGAUGUCGAUGGAGAGACGGCAGCGCUCUGGCUUGCGCUUUCAGAGCAUGUCAAGCAUCAGCUCGGCUCGACCAACGCCAAUCGCAAGGUGGCAGCGAUCCGGCUACUCUCGGCCCUCGAAGCUACGGGAUGGGCAAGCGCCGUCGACGACACUGGGAGCCCCUUUUCCCUCGGCGAGCGCGAAAUGGCCGCGCUCAUGAGCCUGCUUGCCGACCGCGACGAGACGGUGCGUAGGGCGGCCCUUCGGCUCCUCGACGCAGUCGAUGCCAAGAUCGUCGACAUGCACCUGGACCAGCUCGUCGAGGCCAUCUCCGUGGCACGAGCCCGGUCAACGGACACCAGCGAGCACGAUGCCGCCGCGCUGCUUGAGCGUGCCUUGGAAGCGAGCUACAUCAAGGCGCUCAACGGGGUCAUCAUGUCUGGAGACGACGGCGGGCAGGAGCAGCAGGGCAGCUCGUACGCCCAAGGCAUCGUCAACAUCUUGGCGACUGCGAAAGACGCACAGGGCAGCUCGCUGCUGGUCUCGGGAGCCGUUGGUCGGGUGCUCAACGACUAUCGCGGUCUGCCAUCGGCGGCGAGGCUCUCGAUGCUGCUCCGGCUGAUUGAAAAAGCAUCGCAGACUGACGCGCCUCCGAUCCUCGCUCCUCUGGCGGCCUCGCUCUGCUGCGAUCUGGAGGCCGCCGACCUCGCGGCGGGUGAGCCGGGCGGCUCAUCUGCCUCGGCCCUCGGCUCGUUGCUCGCGACAAUGCUGGACAUCCUCAUUGCUGCAGAGGACGACAGGACCCGCGAGGCCCUGCUGGCCGCCAUCGCCAGAGUUGCCGCUCUGAGCUCUGGGCGGGGCUCGGAGCGGGACGAGAGCCUGUCUCUGCGCCUGCGCAAGGUGGCCGAGGCGACCUCUGCAACACGCAGCGCAGCGUUCAGGAUCCAGGCGCAGGCUGUUGCGCAGCUUCUGCAACCCUCUGCCCGGGUCCAGUCCGCCCGAGCGCUGAUCGCCCCCGCUCAGACCCCAGCGAGCAUCCUCGACUCGCUCCUCGCACUCGGUGCAGGAAGCGGGAGCAGCGACAGCGCCAACGACGACGCAGGACCCGGCGAUGCACCCUCGGACCGAGCCGAAUUCGGAUCGCGGGCAGCGCGUGGAAAAGCCGCCGAUGCCGCAUCCACGGCCCGAUCGCACCUGGGUCGAUCGUUGAUCCGAUCCCCGCUCGAUUUUAGUGCGACGGCGUCGUCGCACGCCUCGGCUUCUCCUUCGCGUCAGCCACUCCGCUUUCAGCCAGAGUGCGCCGCAAGCGCCGCCGCACCCCGCAAGCAGCAGCAGCAGCAGCAGCAAGCGCCGCCACGUGCUUUGUCAGCCUCCUCGUCCUCGUCGACGAGACCGCAAGAUAGGAGCAGCAGCAACAGCAGCAGCAGCAGCAAGGUCAGGUCCGCACUUGUCACUUCCACAUCGGCGAUCCCGUCGCGCGCCAAGCGGGAACGCGACUCGCGCAUUUCAUCGGUCAUGUCCUCGUCAAUUGCCCGCCUCGUCAUGGGCGAUGAGGGCGACGAUAGCGGGGACUCGGCCGACCGUCGCCGCGAGAUGGAGGACACGGUCGUCUUUUCCGCCUCUGCCGAAGGCAUCGAGGGCAGCGGUUCCGACGCCGACCUGCCGACGAUAGCGGCAUGCAACGACGCCGGCGGCAACGACCCUUUCGCCAUCCACUUGGCCGAGGGCGAGCAGCCGAGCUUCCUCGACAUCCUCCACCAGUGCCACAACUGCGAUCCGUGGGCCGACGACUCGCUGCACCCGUUUGUGCUCGACGGCGUGCAGAUCGGCUUCCUCAGGCCCGAGGUGCUGCGCGCGUGCGAGCAAGACAUCGCGUGGCGCCGCAAGGAGGGCAAGCCGGCCGUCCUCCUCGUCGGCCUCUUUGGCGGCGAUGGCGGUCGCGGCGGCAAGCAGCCGAAGAAGGCGAUCACGUUUGACGCCGCCGUGUCUUCGGCCGAUGCGCGGACCGCGGGUAUGGCGUCAGUUACGGAACGGUGGCGCGAUCUUGGCCUGUUCCCGGACCCGCUCGAGGGGUGGCGCAACGAGUUGUACGCCGUCUAUGGCGCACCGUCGUCGUCGUCGUCGCGGCGUCGCAACGAGAUCGCCUUCAAGCUGGAGCGGGCGGCGUGUGCCCUGUUUGGCGUGGCGACGUUCGGCGUGCACCUGACGGCAUACACGCCGUCGUACCAGAUCUGGGUACCGCGACGGUCGGCGACGAAAUCGACGUGGCCGGGAUACCUGGACAACUCGGUUGCGGGCGGUAUCGUGGCGGGCGACGAGGCGUGGUCGAGCAUGGUGCGCGAGUGCGAGGAGGAGGCCAGUCUCGACGCGGCCUACGUCGAGGAGAGGUGCAAGACGGUCGGAGUGCUGAGCUACUUUUACAAGACUCGGGCACACGGUUGGAUCCAACCGGAGGUGGAGUACGUGUAUGAUCUGUGUGUUGAGGAGGAGACGGUGCUGAGACCGUGCGAUGGUGAGGCCGAGUCGUUUGUCAAGAUGCCCGUCGAUGAAGUCGUCCAACGCAUCAAGGCGGGAGAGUUUAAACCAAACUGCUGCCUCGUGCUCCUCGACUUUUUCAUCAGACACAACCUCAUCACGCCCGAGCGCGAACCGGCCUACCGCGCCAUUGUGGCCCAACUGCAUACCGACCUCCGUCUCCCCGGUCCCUGA